AUGUUUCGUCAACUCCAACGCACAGCGGGCCUUCGUCUGCUUCUGAUCUUCCUCAUGGCAGAGCUGGCUGCCGCCGCAGAUGAUUCCGAAUUUGCCUUUAACUUCUUCACGGAUAUCGCGCCACUUCUUGCCCUCUUUGGGGAGCAGUUUGCAGCACAGUUCCUCAGCGAAAGCCUCUCAUUUGAAGAUCAUAUUAUUAUUGCGAUCGUACCUCUCGGAAUUCUUACGAUUAUCGCCAGUGCGAUCCGGGUUCAAGGCCCAGAGAUUGUACGAGCUUUCAUCGGACGCGCAAGGGAAACCAGAGCAGUCGCAGAGCUGGAAAUAAUGUCUUCCACAUCUCACGAUGUCUGCGAGCUCUUUGACGGGAAAUCGAUCGUUCGGGUUAUGGGCAGGCCAAGAAUUAUGCAACUUCUGAUUUUCCCCCAUGAGUAUGACAUGCACAGAGGGCGCAAUGAGAGCGGGUUAAUAAGCUCGCGAGAGGCCCUUCUGCCAUUAACAUCACUGACCAGAUCCAUUGAAGAGCACCACGACGACGGGUUCGAGCCCAUUCAAGAACUUCUGAUAGGCCUGAGAAAGCGUUGUCGAGAGUUUUGGAAAAGAUCAUCUCCUCCAGACGACGAUACUGCGGUGCUUGAGGCAACCAGUGGCACAGAAGGCCACCACCCGGCACAUCCUCCUACUGAGCCGGAGCCCCUACCCCCCAACAUGCAGCUCAAUCUUGUUCCUGACUUCUCCAAGCAGAAAGAGGAGCUGCGAAUGGCCGUAGCCGUCGCAAUCAUUGUUCAGCUCGGUCUUCUUGUCCUUGCCGGUGUUGUGGUUUUCUACGGCCCAUUGAAGGACACCAAAAACUUUGAGCGCAAGUCCUACGGCUUCUCUUGUUAUCUCAUUGGGUCACUUCUUCUCUCAACAGGAAUCGCGUUUUGCUCGAUCGCAGUGGGGAAUAGUACCGAUGAGGAUGUUUGGAAGGCGCGCGACUCUGACACAACCAAGGCACUCCCUCGGCUAAUUUGGCUCCAAUGUCGUCAAAGUGUCAAUGACCAGGGCUUUCAAGGCUACACUAUCCUUGCUGGGCCAAAACGCCGUAUCAUGACAUCUUGUAGUGAGCGGCCUAGGAUUCCUGGCGGCGGGACGACUGAAGCUCCAGCGCAGAACGAGACAAAACCUACGAGGAGUGGAAUUACAAACCAUUCUGUCGGGGAUCUGGCAAUGGACAAGGGUUCGUGCAAGACCGCUCCGGGGACGCCAUGGAAAUUUCUUACUGUCCUCGGCUCCUUGGCUGCUGGGUCCGGAUUCAUCACUCAGUUUGUAGGCCUUCGUGGCCUCCCUUAUCCAUGUUCUAUUGCGCAACUAGGAGCUAUAGUUCUCAUGGCUGUGAUUCGUGGAUUUAUCCGCAGGCACCUCUCGCGAAGGCCGGAAUCUCUCGACGCUACCCCCGAGUACGAAAUCGACUUUCUUGCCAUGAAAAUUACCUACUGUCAAAGUUUUCGGGAAUAUGAGCAACCCUCAGUGGAUGAGCCAAGGGACGAAGGUUUGGAUAUGGUCUACCAGUGGGAAGUCCUGGCUCCAAAGCCUAGGUCGAGGGAUUUAUUUUUCUCCCUGCCUCAAGUUGUCAGUGCGCCGUCUGACCGGGCCAACGGAAGGGACAGCUCCAACCCAAGCACUCGGCCACCGUCAAGUCAACAGCUUCUCCAAGUACGCAAGCGGCUUGGCAAGUUGUGCCAAUGGGAAUCCCAUUCAAAGGAUGCUUCAAAGGCACUGGCACAAUCUGUCGAGUGCUUCAUGAAUACUUUCUGUAAGAACCUCAAGAACUGUACCGAGGAGCCCGAGUGGGCUAUCAGAGUUGCUAGCUCGCUCUUUUCCAACAGUGGCGUUAAAACAGAAGAUUCGGUAUUCAUACAACUGCAGAGACCUGAUGGCGAGUGGAAAGUGGCCAGUGAACAAAUAGAAGCCAUUCUAUCUCUUUGGAUGGCGACUAUUGAUGCAAGACGUUCAGCAGAGAAGCAAUCCAAAAAAAGUCACACAUCCGAUGCCCAUUUCGGAGGCCCUAGACGUGAGUUCUACCGCAUUCUCGGAUACGAUUUUGAUGGUGUACUUCUGCGGGAUCUGUCCUGGUGGGUUGACGAAGGAAUCGUCGAAGAGCUUGAUGAUGACACGGGUUCCAAAACGCCCACAAGAGCCAACAUGGACCUCGUCAUUGGGUUCCACGGCAGAUCGGAAGAUGAACAAAAGAGAUUGAAACCACGACGGAGUCAACUCGAAAUAGGGUAUAGCCCAAACGAACCCAGGCCGACCGAAGUCCAAGAAAGGGAGCUCGGCCUCAUUUCCUCUGGAGACCUUCCCACAAUCCUCGCUCAACAUCUCUUCACAAGUUUCAUGUGGGCAAUUGCCAAGGACUUAGAGAAAAACGUCCUGGACCAGGUAUCGUCCGAGAAGCAAGGAAACCUCGAUGUUAGAAACAAAGAUGCAUUUGAUCCUGGUCUUUUCUCAAAGACUUGGAGUCGCCCGACGCUACAGCACCGCCAACUGACAAAUGUUGUCCGACAAAUGGAGUCGUUCGGAUUGGGGAGCAGAGGAGACAUCCUUCUCUGCAUGAUCCCUGCCCUUAGCUUCCAAGACCUGCUUCCUAACCGCGCCAUACUAACCCUACUCCCCCGGAUUGCUCGAGAACACAGAUGGGCAGAGACUGCUCGGCUGUACCGCAACUUACUGGACACUACUAUCAGGAGUGACCCGCCUGAGCAGUUCUGUUACUCUGCAGUUGCCGCGACAGUGAACUUUCUCCUGGUUGCGAACGAGCCUCGUAGCGGCGUUUGGCCGCGCAGAGAAUUAGCGAGCGAGCUUAGUGGAGUCUUGUGGAUGCUCAAGACCAAAUUCAGGGACAUGAUCGCUCAACUCCUACCUUUCUACCAUUGCCAAGGCCGCCGCAAUGACCUUUGGAGCUUGCUCCCAGAGGAAACUUUCCGAAAACAGGUCAACAUUCGCCACGAAACAGCGGAGGCAUUGGGCAUAUCGGAGGACCACAAAAGAAUGUUUAAAGAAAUCAAGGAUGCAAAGGACAAGGCAAGUCGACCUGAAAACAAGAACUCAUAUCUUGUCGCUACCCCUAUCGCCUUCCCUCGAGACGUGGGAAAAUCAAGCGACAUUUUCGGUUGGAAGCCAAUUCACUACGCUUGCUGUUCAGAGUCGGAACCUUUCUGGCGUUACCUGAAGAUGCGCGGACUUCAGCAAGCUCCUGAGAUUCUCAAUCUCUUUGAGCAGAGCCCUUUCCACCUCGCCGCUGCCAUGGGAAAUCCAACGGCAUUGCAUUACUUGAUUGGCGCUUUGGAGGUUGAAAGAAGAUUGGAGAAGGAGCAGCUUCAGCAAGCAUUGGACAUGGUCGACAUCAACGGCAUGACACCGCUUCACUGGGCAGCAAAAAGCGGGAGUCUGGAGUGCGUGGAACUGAUCACGAAAAAGCAAAAGCAAUCAUCAACAAGGACUGACAUCUGGGGUCGCCAGGCUCUCCAUGUGGCCGUCGGUGUCCUGGAUUGCCAGAUCAUCAGCCAGCUGUUGGAGACGAGCCGGUGGUCAUUGAAGAUUGACAAAACUGGCUGGUGCCCAGUGAAGUAUCUUCUGGAUACAUACUCCACUCCCUUGGAGCCGAGAAGCCAUGACGCUGGCCUUGAUGAUGGGUCAGAGUCUUUUGGAAUGUCAAGCUGCAGUGAAGAAGAUACCCCCGACUGGGUAGAUGGGAUCAUUGACAUCAUCGAUGAGGCAGAACCGCGAAGGGACAGCUUAACCGACUCUACCCAUCAAAACGCACUGUUUGCCUUUGAGCGACUAGCUCGACGGAUGCAUGGCUAUCGAGAUGAGGAUGGGCAGACAUUUCUUCACCUCGCUGCGACGUACACUCCGAUUUGCACUGUCGAAAGGCUCAUACAAAGGGGAUAUGACGUCGAAGCUCGCGACUCGGAAGGCCAGACCCCUUUACAUGCUGCGAUUCUAGCUGAAAACUACAACGUGGCUGAGUGCCUGGUUGAUAUUCAUCAGGCUGACCUGUCGGCAGAGGAUUAUGCCGGGUCGUGGACCCUCAUCUUUGCUAUUGGAACGAGGUUCCGGCACAUGAUUGACCGCAUAUUGGCUACGGACUGCGACUUGGAUGGACAAGACGAAAAUGGCAGGACCGUCUUACACAAUGCUAUUCACCCCGUGGACCCCGAUUUCUCCAUGUGGCUUGUCGAAAGCCUGGUGAAAAAGGGAUGCGAUCCCAAAAUUGAGGACUUGGAUGGGAGGACAGCGCUUCACACAGCCCUAGAGUUCGGAUACGACCAAGUUGCACUAUCCCUCCUCAAGCCUGACCGUGUUCGCCAAACACUUGACAACUAUCAGGAUCAGACACUGCUCAUCGCAGCUUGUUAUGGUGGUUGUCACGAGUCAAUACCUCGAAUUCUUGAAUUAUGGCCGAGUAUCAUGAGCAAGACGGACCCAGAUUUUAAAGCACCGCCAAUCUCCUGGGCCUGCGCCUCUGAAAAAAAGGCAGCUGUGCAGGCCUUACUUCAGGGUAAAGAUCUGAACAUGAGCCCAGAUCGCAAUGGGUGCACCCCAGCACACUAUGCUGCCACAGCAACGGACAAUGAUAUCCUCCAAUUGGUUCUUAACAUAGAAUCUGUGGAGCCCGCAACCAAAGACGGCUCUGGUUUGACGCCAAUAGAUCGUGCAAUCCUGGGACAGCCGGUGAAUCCCAAAGCAGAUCAGCGAGGAAAUGACAGCUGGAGGUCAAGUAACGCUCGUGACUUGCUCAAGCAUAGAAAGACCUCUGCCGGAACGCGACUUGAGUAUUUGAAACUGAUCUACACUGAAAAUUACCGCCACCUCGACGGGAUUGUUGGGGAUGUGCUUGAGCGUAUCGACGAUGCGAACCUGGAUGAGGACACUCUCCUCAAACUGAUUGACGACAGUUUUGAAUCCUGGUACCCGCGUUCAUUCGAAGCAUAUGUGAGGAGGGCUCUGACAACGGCGACUUGGAAACGAAUCCCCCUGCCUUUUCAUCGGUCGCUCAAAAUGAACACCCUUGGCUUAGUGGAGCAAUUGAUGAAACACAAGGCGGACCCAACAGGGUACGAUGGGGAUAAUUGGUCCUGCCUAGACUACGCCACAGCUUAUUCUCCCAACAAUCCCAGUCCCUGGCAAAGGGCCAAUGAGGAGCUCUCACGGUAUUUUGCGAAACAUCUCCCUGCGGAGCAUCCCCGAACAACCCCCAUGACGCCGAGCUCACUGGAUGGAGAAUAUUUGGAGCCCUCCAUCGAGACAAAACCGUGUACUGUCCCCAGGCAUUCCGAGUGCCCUGGUAUCCACCAGAUCCACAUGCUGAUGCGCGAGACAAUUCAACAUCGUGACCGACUCCGAAAACACAGGUGCAUCAUAAGCAAAGAAUGCGUUCCUCCGUUAUCCAAGUCAACCCGGUACUUCUAUUUUGAGCUGGACGUCCUCCCAAAUUGGAAAUCUAAAGCCCUGAGAGUUGGUUUCUGCCACGAAACAACUUUGAAAAAGAAUCAACUGCCCGGAGAUUUCGCCCGUUCAUGGGGAUACGAAGGGAAUGACGGAAAUGUGUACUUCGGUGACCUUGUGGCACCAUCAGAAGCCGGCCAUAAUGGUGGACGGGCUUCACACUUCGGUGCCGGUGACACUGUAGGGGUCGGCCUUGACUUGAAAACCGGGAAGAGGAUCUGCACCCUCAAUGGUAGGAAGAUAGAUUUUGGAUGGGAUUUUAGAAAUCGGGGAAGGAAACCUGGGAAAAUGUACCCAUGCAUUGGCUAUGGUGAUCUAGAACAGUGCGGGCUGGGCUUGAGGGUCAACUUUUCUGGAAAGCCGCCACAUCUGUUCAAGUACGAAGGGCCUUUUGUCUCAUAAUUGAAGACUCUAUGUCUCGGACUUGCCACCAUAUAGAGCCGAAGCUCUACUCGGCCCGUUUAGAGUCAGAAUAUCCCUUCUCAUUUUCG